GGAAGAAUCGAAUCCGAUCCAACAACCAAUGGUCGCCGUCUGCUCUGUCGCCACCCGCGCGGUGCUCGCCCCGCGCGCGUCCGCGCGCGUCUCCUCCAAGGCGACGCCCCGCGCGGUCCUCGGCCGCGCCGCGCCGCGCAAGGCUUCGAUCGCCCCCAAGACGUCGCGCGGCGCCGCCGUCGUCGUCCGCGCGGACUCGGACGACCUCAACGCCAAGCUCAAGGAAGUCACCGACACCGUCUCCGAGAAGUGGGAGGACACGGACGACAAGCCCGCGGUCGUUACGUUGGGGGUGUACGGCCUCGUCGGCCUCGUCGCCGCCAACGGCGUGCUGAAAUCCAUCGACGGGUUGCCGCUCGUCCCGGACCUUCUCGAGAUCGUCGGCAUCGGGUUCUCCGCCUUUUACGUGUACCAGAACCUCCUGUUCAAGCCCGACCGCGCCGCGCUUAAGGAGUCCAUCUCCAAGGCCCUGGACGAGAUCCUGUGAGCGUGGCGGCGGCGAGCGGCGAGCGGGGGAGUCGCGACGGGCGGGCGGCGCGCGAGCGAGCGAGCGAGCGGCGCGAGAGAAGAGACGUCGCCUUCUCAGCGAGGAGUGACGAGUUGAGACGAAAUACGUUUAGGCGCCUCCGCGACGACCAGACUGGAAAAAGAAGAGAGAAAAGAAAAGCGCGCUUUAUC